AACCGAUGGGCACGUCGCGAACCUGCUUGCUUCGUGGUGUUGUAUUACGUGAGAUACGAGUAAAACUGUAUUAUUUUGUGAUAAAAACAUAACUCGUUUUACAGUCAAUCUGAUCGCACUAUUGAUAAAGUUUUAAUUAACUCUGCCAGUUUGGAAGUUGAUAAUAUAUAUACGAUUAACGGUUAAUUCAGGUGCAUGCAUGCGUACAUACGUUAGCAUUUCGUAUCAAUACAUCAGUUAAAGGUUUUAUCGUUAUUUCUGUUUUUAUUUUUUAUCACUUUCUGUAAAAUAACAGAAACUCGAUUAAAAAAUUAUGAAAUCGUGUCCCUAAUUGAACGAGAAAAGAAUAACACACAUAAGAAGAAAACACACAUUUCCCUUAUCAUAUCUCAAAGCAUGAAGGAUAUCAAGCAAUACUUUUCCAAUGGUACAAAGAUCGUCGAUGAGAGAGAUGCUACAGAUCUCGAUAACGCCGUGGAACAGAAAGAGGAGAAACAAUGGGAAACAAUUUCAACAGGUAAACGCAAACGUGUAAAGAUUCGAAUAUCGCGUACUUCUUCCAAGGAAAGAACGUGCGACAUAGUUGAUAACAAAAAUGAUCUGAUUGACAAAACGCCCAGUCCGUUCAACGGCAAGAUAAAAAAGAAUGGCGAGAAAAUUGUGCAUGAUGAGACACCAAAGAUCAAAUCCAAGCGGAAUCUCAAGAAGGAUCCUAAGCUUGCCAUAGAAAUAAAUGGAAAUCAAUCUGAAGAUGCAAAGUAUGUUUUACAAAAUAAGGAAGAGCCAAGUGAACAAAUUAUAGAUUUUGAAAACUCUAUCAAUAACAGUGAAAAUGAUAUUAAUAAGAUUGAAGAUAUAGGGCUCUGUAGUAUAAUUGGUUCUCAGCGAGAAGAAUCAAAUGCAUUUCAACUUUUGAUGAAUCGUGGCAAACCAAUACAGUAUAAAUUAUUGCCACAACAAUCUAUGGAAGACAUCAAAUGUAAAGAAAAAUUAGAUAAUAUCAAAGAUUUAAGAGCUAAACAUAAAGAAAAAAUGAUAGCCUUGGCUGAUAAAAAAGGUUAUUUGAAGAAAAAGAUUGCAGAGAUGGAAGAAGGUGAGAGAAUAGAAAAAAACAUAGAAAAUCGCAUGAAAUUUUUUAAAAGUAACAUCACAGAUGAUAGCACACCUAAAAGAGACAAUACUGAAUUAUUAAUUAAAAAUAACAAGCAACAAUCUGGAAAUUUGUUGGAUUAUUUCAGCAAAUCAUCCUUGGAAUCGACAAAUAAAGAUGAGAAAUAUGCGUCUACUUUUAUCGUAAAAGCGGAUGUACAUCGGAGUGAUAAUUCCGAUAUUGAACCUAUAGUUAAAUCAAUAUCGAAUGUAUAUUCUAACAAAAGUUCAAAAUCAGAAUUGAAUCUUCCUAUAGUGGAUGAUAUUCACAUUAUAGCAUCUGAACAUUUAACGCAAACAGUCAAGCCAUAUAUGCAAAAACGGGAGAAGCCUCGUUGGUCUUUACGUAUAAAACUACAUUCUAGCGAAGAUUCUUUGAAUGAUAUGAGUGAUGAAGAAUUAUUUUCACCAAGAAGCAAAUCAAAAUUUAAUGCCUCUAGUAAAUCUCGAAAUUCUGUAAAUAUGGAAGAUAAUAGAGUUUGUUCAAAGGAUUAUAAUGGUCAUAUUAAAACGAAAGUGCGAAACAAGGAGAAGAAAGAAUCAAUUGAGCAAAAAGAAGACAAUAUUCAAAACACUGCAAAAGAUGCUAUUGUUAUCAAUAACAGCAGAAAUGCACGGACAAAAAGGUCGAGUGAAAUUGUUAAAUCGGAACAAAACGACAAAAAUGAAAUGAUCAUAAUUGAUUCUGAUAGUGAAAUUAUUGAUAAUGAAAAUGUUUUAAAAAGAAAGUCGAACGAAAAACUAGCGCCAUUAUUUACUAAACGACGUAAAAUAAAUCCAAUUGUCGCAGCAGCUAGACGUUCAUUCUUGCAAUCAGACAUGAUCGAUAUGGAAAAUAAAAAGACAGAUUAUAAAGCAAACAGCAACAACAGUACUUUUACAUUACCGUUUCCCAUAAUCAGUCACGUGACACAAUUGGAAAAUACGUCGGAUUCGAUUAGAGCCGAGAUCAAGUACAAAUUUCCAAUGAAAGCCGAGAGAAAGUAUUUGCCUUCGAUAGACAUUAAUAAUUAUAAGUGUAUUUGUGAUUAUAGUAAAACAUCGAAAACGAUUGAAGUGAAUAUUAAUGAACCUGUGAAAGGAAACUUUGAUCAAGUAUUGUCCGAGAUCGAGGAACUUUGUCCAGAUGCGCGGAAAAUGUGGAAAACUAUAUCAAAAAUCAAAAACGAUUCGGAAAAGAGAUCGCCAUCGCGAAUGAAAGGUAGAAAGACAAGAACGCUUGAGCGGAAAAAAAGAGAAAUGUUAACGGAGCGCAUUGAAAACGAAGAAAGUCGGUCGCACGAUUGUGCAUGGACGUGUAAAUAUAAACCGAAGAGUGCAGAAGAAAUAAUAGGAAACGAAGAAGCCGCGGGAAAACUGAAAGAUUGGCUAAGCGGUUGGAGAGCAUUCUUAACAAAAGAAGACGAUGGUAGUAGCGGCGAUGAGUUCUAUUCAUCAGACUGCAGUACCUCUUGCAAUAAUCGUGAAAAUAAUCAAAUAGCUGUAUUGUUAGGCCCGCAUGGCAGCGGGAAGACAGCGAGCGUAUACGCGAUAGCGGAAGAACUCGGUUAUAGUGUACUUGAAGUAAACGCGUCCUCUAGACGAACGGGAAAGAAAAUCUUGAAGGAAUUGGAGGAAGCCACAAAAUCGCACAGAAUCAAAAAGAGCAAGCAUAAAUCUCCAUUUGAACGAGUCGCAAAUGAGGACGAGACUCUGAAGAUAUCGCAAAAUUCUUUAAUUCUGCUCGAAGACAUCGAUCUUAUUUUUGAAGAGGAUGAAGGAUUCGUCUCCGCCGCAUAUCAGUUGGCAUCAAAUACCAAACGACCGAUUGUCAUGACGUGCAGAGAUAUAUGUCCUCACUUGAGUAAAAUGGCACCACAGCAAAAUAGAAUUUAUUUUCAGAAAGUAGAUAAUAGCAGAGUAUCUGCUUUGCUGGAAUUAAUUUCGUUGGCGGAGGCAAAUCGCAGAGUUCCAUAUAAUUGUCUAGUGAAAUUACUACAAAUGGGCGAUCUACGGCAGGCACUGCUCCAGUCACAAUAUCUCUUUCUAUCGGGCCCAUCAAUAUUAUGUGAGCAAUAUACAACUGUUAAGCCACUUUGGCAGAGCAUGCAAUACUAUUUGUACAAGCCUGCGAUCAAGCUAAAUAGGCACAGAAGAAAAAAUAGAAACACCAAAAGGACCAAUGAUACUAUAUGUAUACUGAAUAAUUUAGCGGAAAAUUUAGAUAGUUUAUCUCUAGUGUCAUCUUUAAUCGAUAUCGAAGAUCCGAUAUUAAAUAUAUCGGAAGAAAAGACGCAACCCAAUUUAUCCUUGGCCGAAAACGUAUCAUUCUAUUCCGCUUCGCACGAUCUCCAAGCGGAUAUAGCAAAUUUUAUUAGCGAUCGAAUACUCUGCAAUGACUCGAAUGCAAAUGAGCAUGUGCAAAAUCAAAAUAAUAUUAUUCUGAGGAAACGACUGAAUCGAGGAGUAGAUCUAGCGUUGUCGCAUGUCACGUUCGCAUGUUUAGAUCAACGAAUUAUGGCGUUAGAUUAUCUUCCGACUAUACGAACGAUAUGUCGUGCUGAAGAAUUUCGUUCCACUCUCAAUUUCAAGAGAAGCAAUCGUUUUUUCCAUUAUUUGCACAGUCUAAACGUGCCGACAGCGUCGAUGAAACCAAAUAUCUUGGCCGCUGCGUGUAAAAUGUUGCAAGAAAGAGAAAAUAAAAAUGUAUCGACAUGAAUAGUUACAUUAUUAUUAGCAAUUAAUUCCUAAAAAACGUACAUUCUUUUUAUCUAUGAUGAAUGUGAUGCAUAUAUUUUUACUGAAAUUUAAAAUAUGAUAAAUAAAAAUUUUAUAGCAUAUUAUUUAUGCCUAUAGUUACGAUGUAAU